UGGAAAGCUAUCAUCUGACAGUUACCUCCAGAGCCGCAUUCUUCUUGGCAUCCCCGCUUUGAAGUUUCGAUAGAGGUCGCUCAUCACGAGACGGUUUAAUACCUCAACGCGGACACUUGCCCUUAAUCAGAUGGGCAUUCACCAACAUCAGGUCUAAGCUAGGUCUCGCCAACUCAUAGAAACGAUGGAGACAUCAAACCCAGCCACUGCCGCUCGGCAAGGCCUCCGCCAGCGCUACCUACAAGAAGAAAACGUACCCAGAAACGAGGAAUUACGACCAGGCUACACCGUCACCGAUACGACCGCGCCUACGGAGCCCGGCCCAGACAUCGAAUGGAUCCCCUCCUACGAGACCUACCGUGAGAGAGUAAAAAGGCUUGCGGCUGAAAGAAGCAACAAACCCCUAGAUGCCAGCCUGUCCGAUGGCUUUCCCAAGGCCGUCGGCGGCGACCGAGUGUGGGCUGGAGAUGAAUUAUGCGAGGACGAUUACUUUGUCCACUUGGACGAAGCAGAUGUCGGAGAAAUCGCGCAGACGUUGGAAGAGUUUAUCUUCGAGUUUCCCACGACCGACCCGAACGACGUUACGACAGAGACCUUCCGCCUUCCAAGCCUGGGAAAGAAACUCGAUCAUGUCUCCCAAGCUGUCCAUUCCGGGAGAGGACUCGUUUGUCUUCGUGGACUGGACCCUGACAAGUUUACUCGGGUUGAGAAUGUACUUUUGUACGUUGGAAUCUGCAGACAUGUCGGCAGCCACUUUGGUAUCCAGGACUCGGACGGAAGCUAUCUGAUUCACGUCAAGGACAUUGGCCGGCAGGUUCCAGCCUCCGAGUCUCGCCAGGCACCGUUUGCGAACAUGGCCCAGCCGUUCCAUAGCGACAGUAGCGAUGUUGUCGCCAUGUAUGCACUUGGAAAGGCCCACGACGGCGGCGCCUCAUGCUUCGCCUCCACGGGCCAAAUCUACAACGAGAUAGUCGAGUCCAGGCCAGAUGUGAUUCGCACUUUGGCAGCUGACGACUGGAUCAUGGACAAGCCGAGAGGUCGUGGCGGCCGCUCCUACUGGUACAGGCGACCGCUUCUCUUUAACUUCCCCGAACACGGUCCAGGGCUGUACGUAAACCGCCGAGUCCUCACCGGAUCGCCCGUCUCUCCACGAACGCCAGGCGUCCCGCCCAUGAGCGAGGAGCAGGCCGAGGCACUCGACAUGGUACAUUUCACGGCCGAGCGGAACCAGCUGAAGCUCACGUUGGAGCCGGGAGACGUGCUGUUUGUCAACAACUUCGCCGUCCUCCACGCCAGAGACAAGUAUGAGGAUCAACAUGAAAACAAUGCCCCCGGCGAAUCCCAGAGAGACGUCACCCGGCAUUUGAUGCGUCUGUGGCUGCGAGAUGAGAAGCGUGCGUGGGAGACGCCGUCGGAGCUGGCAGCCUCGUGGUACGACACGUAUGGCCCAUCUCCUCGUCGUUGGAGAGCAAAGUGGAACUUUGAGGUCCCUCUCAACUACGCUCGGAUAUUUGCAAGGGAAAAUUCCUGCUCUUGACUGGGCAAGUUUGCAUGGGUUGGAUAUUUCGCCAUGACACACAUAGGAUAUUAAAGUUCU